AUGGAGCAUUACAGGAUGAUGGCCUAUUGUCCGCCAUCAGUCAACGCCGCCGAUGUCAUUUGGGUCAAGUCUGGCAUCAACUUGGAUUGCGUCGGAAGUUUAUCAGUUUCGAGGGUGAGGUUGUUGAUCCUGUUGUCGAUGCGGAUGUGGAGGCAUCUGAUCCUUCAAUUGACCCGGCUAGUCCUGUCAAUGAAGAGGUUGAACCCUAGUGUGAUGGUAUUGGCGGGAAUCCUGCUUAUGUAG